AUGCCUGACAGCAUCGAGAUGCCGACGAACGUCCUCCAUCGUGUCGACGAGAGUGACCCCGUCGCUCGAUCGAACAUCUUCAGACCAAAAGCUCAGGGCCGAUACCCAGUACUCUUGACGUAUAGUCCCUAUGGCAAGGACAUACCAUACUCCAAGUUCAACCCUGCAUCAUACAACAGGCUUCCAAAAGCUGCGCAGACGCCACACGCAGUGUGGGAGGCUCCAGAUCCGACAUUUUGGGUACCUCAUGGCUAUGUCGUUGUUCGAGUCGACGAAAGAGGAUCUGGACAUUCGCCUGGUGUGUUGAAUGUGUGGAGCGAAGAGACGGCCUGUGGGUUUGCAGACGCCAUCGAGUGGGCUGCUGUACAACCGUGGAGCAAUGGCAAGGUCGGACUAUUGGGAGUCAGCUACUACGCAUCGAACCAGUGGUUUGUUGCUGCGAGGAGACCAAAGGGUCUCUCUGCUAUUCUACCUUGGGAGGGAGUCAGCAAUUUCUAUGAUGAGUGUGCCAGGCACGGUGGAAUCAUGAGCAAUGGUUUCAUAGGGGGUUGGUGGCCCCGGCAGAUAGGAUCAAACCAAUACGGCUUGAACCGUGAUGUCGACCGCGAGUGGAGUAUGGGUGGUACCCGAGAGGCGAACUUGACUCCUGAGAUGGCAUCAAAGCGACGAGACAUGCGUGAGCGUGUUGCGAAUGCUCCUUUCCGGGACGACCCCGUCUAUGCCGUUGACACAACUGACCUUGGAAACAUCGAAUGCCCUGUCCUGAGUGUCGCUAAUUGGGGAGCAAGCUCGCUUCACUUGCGAGGCAGCGUUCUUGGUUUCUUGAAGGCGGGAUCUAAGCACAAGUUCCUGCAUUUCAUCGUCGGAAGGCAUGAUACUCCAUUCUUCGAAGACUAUGCCAUUCGCCUUCAAAAGUCGUUUCUUGAUGCGUUCCUCAAGGGUCAGGACACCGAGGGAUGGUCUACGGGCUCGAAGCCCAGCGUCGAUCUUUGCGUAAGGAGAGGCAAUCCUGGGGUCAACGAUGAGCCGGCAGAGAUUGAGUGCUUUCCAAGGAGGCCCGAGGCAGCAUGGCCUAUCGAACGAACGCAGUACACGAAAAUGUACCUGGGCCCUCCUUCCUCUCUAUCGUGGGAGAAGAGCCCUUCCGAGACAACGGUCCAAUACAGAUCUCCCAGCUCUUACCUGGCUUUCCGCUCUCAGCCAUUCCCUCGUCAGACCGAGAUAACGGGCCAUCCCUCAGUGCGACUCUCGAUUUCUCUAGCGCCUUACAAUGGCUCUUCGCCCUCUGACAUUGAUAUCUUUGUCGCUCUCCGUCACAUUGAUGUUGCUGGAAAAGAAAUCUGCUACACAGGCGCGAAUGGCCAAGCUGAGCCCGUCGUGAGAGGCUACUUGCGGGUUUCCCAAAGACACCGCGAUCACGAAACCGACAUCGCCAAGAGAUAUCCCGUCAUACCAAUGCACACCCACAAGUCCACAGACGUCUUACCGGUCGCUCUCAAUGAAGUCUACACGGUAGACGUGGAGCUUUGGCCCACCAGUGUGGUCAUCGAAAAAGGCGAAGUUCUAGAACUGACGGUGUCUGCACAGGAUAUUGAGCAGAGAGGCCAGUACACGCACGAUCAUCCCAAUGAUCGACCAGUGCAGACUUUCCAGGGGUUCAACAUCAUCCACUUUGGACCAGAUAAGGACAACUUCCUGACUCUGCCGAUCAUUCGCCCGUGA